AUGGAUGCCGAUAAUACUAUAUCCAUUUUUGAGAAAGGGGCGGAUUUUGAAAAUGGCGAUCACCACCAACUCCUGCUCGGUGGAGAAGAAAUUACUUCCAAGAAAGGAAAUGGAAUUCCCAAUGGAAGCACAGAAGUUGAAGGAUUGAACAAGAAUCUAGAAAAUAAUCUGGAGUUGAGCGAUGAUGUAACUCUUGAUUCUUCUGUAGAAGGAGUCUUGGACGAAUCUUCAAUGCCACCUAAAAGCAUUUCCGUCACCAUUUCCAAGGACCUUGGAGUUGAGGAGUCAGAAGAGUGUAAGAAUUCUAAAUCACAGAAGGGCAUGGGCAAGGCCAAGAAUGGGAAGUCCGUAUGCAUCAGACAUGGGAAAGAUGUGGCGAAAUCUUCUGUUGGUUCAAAUGGUUCAGGCGAUCAAAAAUCAUGUCCGAAACAGUUGUCUGUUCCCCAAACAAGGAGUAGGUCAAUUAAUGGGAAGCAAGCUGCUGAUGACUCAAAAACAGCAUCUCCUCGAAGUCCUAUAGCUGGAGAUGCCAAACCCCAAAGAUUGGGUGCUCUUCCUAACUAUAAUUUCAGUUUUAAAUGCAAUGAAAGAGCUGAGAAAAGAAGAGAGUUCUAUACGAAACUUGAGGAAAAGAUCCACGCGAAGGAAGCAGAGAAGAGUAAUUUGCAAGCCAAAACUAAGGAAACCCAGGAAGCUGAGAUUAAAAUGUUAAGGAAGAGUUUGGCAUUUAAAGCAACACCAAUGCCAACCUUUUAUCAGGAACCUCCACCACCGAAGCUGGAACUAAAGAAGAUACCUCCAAAGAGAGCCAAAUCUCCCAAGCUUGGUCGGAAAAAGACUUCAUCUAUUGCCAACUCUGAGGAAGAUGGUGCUUGCCCAGUUAGGCUAAGCUUGGGUGAAAAUUUGUCACAAAAUAAUCCCGACAAAGGACCACCUCUCGUUCAUGUUAAGAAGCCUCUACGGAAGUCUCUUCCUAAGUUGCCCUCCGAGAAAACCAGCUUUUCCAAUGAGAAAAGAAAAUCUACAUCUCGCAAGAUCAGCGUUUCCAAGGAAACAAAUGAAGCUGCAAAUGAUACACUAAUAGAGGAGGAAAGAACAGGUGCUGAGCAAAGCUUGAGUCAGCCCAAUGGAGAUGAAGUGCUUGUUAUUGAAGCUCAAGAACAGAAUGUGUGA